UCCCCACGCGCCGCCGCCGCCGCCCCCCUCCGCACUCUCUCGCACUUUUGAUCCGGUUUUAAGCCCCCUUACCCAUCAACUAUCAUCAAGCUGGCAGGGAAUAAGCGGAGAAGUUUUUCUAGCCAGGGUGGGUUGCUGAACAGAAUGUUCAGUGGCUCCUCGAGCCCACCCAAAGACAAGACAGAUUCCAUCGCUCGUUCAGGUGCCAUUGACACGCCUCCUUUGAGCAUCCACACCGAGGAAGCCAGUGUCAGCCAGAAGAAGUCCUCUCCUCCUGGCGGCUUUUUCACCCGGCGGACCAGCGAGGACCAGAACAACCCUGGUGGCGAGAAGAAGCGCCGGAGUAGCACCGUCACCAAAGCAGCAUCCUUCUUCACCAGCGCUAAGAACUCCCUCAGCCUAUCGAGCAGUCCGCGCGAGAACUCCUUCAACAACUACACCAUCCAAGAACAGCCUUCGUUAAACAGGCUUGGGAGCAUGGACCCAGCUUUGAGUGUUCCCCAAGGGUCGUUAAAUAAUUCGGCUGGAGAAUCCCUCCCCACUUCUCGUUCUUCAUUCAAAGUUGGCGUGACGGAAGACCGGAAUCGAAAAUGUCGCCGGACUAUGGAAGAUACCCAUGCCUACCUCUACAAUUUCUUGGGGACCCCCGCACCUUUAGCCCAGGCUGAGAACAAUGGCAAAGCUCUCCCGAGUCCCACUGCCCCCUCACCUACUUCUGAAGAGCCCCCCGCUACCGUCGUAGAAACCGACAAUGGUUAUUUCGCUAUCUUCGAUGGACAUGCAGGCACUUUUGCGGCGGAAUGGUGCGGGAAAAAGCUGCAUCUCAUCUUGGAAGAUGUCAUGCGGAAGAAUCCCAACACACCUGUCCCAGAACUCCUGGAUCAAACGUUUACCAGCGUGGACCAGCAGCUGGAGAAACUGCCUUUGAAGAACAGUGGUUGUACUGCGGUCAUUGCCCUCCUCAGAUGGGAAGACCGUGUACCCAGUCUGCAUUCUGCAACGGGGUCGGCUGCCCUUGCACCUGCCGCUGCCGCUGCCUCGAAGGGCGACGCCGAUUCGGAUGCAGGCGAUACGCCUACUCAGGCCGCCGUAUCAGGUGGUGCGGCAUCUAUCCUUCCCAAACUACAGGAGAAAUCCCUCCGCCAGCGUGUCCUCUACACUGCUAAUGUGGGAGAUGCCCGCAUUAUCCUCUGCCGUAACGGCAAGGCACUCCGCUUGUCGUAUGAUCACAAGGGAAGCGAUGAGAACGAGGGGAAACGGAUAGCUAAUGCAGGCGGACUAAUAUUGAACAAUCGCGUCAAUGGAGUGCUUGCCGUAACUAGAGCCCUUGGUGACGCUUACCUCAAGGAUCUGGUAACUGGACAUCCGUAUACUACCGAAACAGUGAUCCAACCCGACUCAGAUGAGUUUAUCAUCCUCGCCUGUGAUGGUCUCUGGGAUGUGUGUAGCGACCAAGAAGCGGUAGAUCUUAUCCGCAAUGUGCAUGACGCUCAGGAAGCAUCUAAGAUUCUGGUCGACCAUGCUCUAGCGCGGUUUAGCACCGAUAACCUUUCCUGUAUGGUAAUUCGCUUUGAUUCUGACCGGGUGAAGGAUGUCAUCAACCGGACUGUGGAGCCUAUUGGCGUGGACGGGGAUCCUUCUUCGAAUGUGGAUCGCGGGAUGAGCGAGGCCGACAAGAUCAUCGAGGGCGCCAGGAAGAGCAUGGCCAGUGCGGGAAUUGCAGAUGAUCCGGCGACGGCCGCUAAGGCGCAAGAAGAGAUUCUGCAGAAGAUGUCGAAUGACGAGCCUGGGCCCGAGCUUUCCGUCAACGAGCACAGCCAUGAGCACGUGGUGAACAACUUGAAAAAGUCCGAGCCGAAGAACCCGAGUUCUUAAUCAUUAGAUCAGAAGUUAAAGGAACUUUAGUGUGAUAUUCUGUACCGAGAGAUAGAGAGACCGAGGCCACCUGCUGGUCUAGGUCCGUCAAUGGAGUUUCGCUGCUCUUCUCGUCUCUUUGUUGAACAUCUGUUACAUGUUCCCAUAUUGCUGCUGGCGUCGAUCGCGGACUUGCACACAUCACGUCCUUACUCUAUGACUUUGCUUUUUUCUCUUCUUCUGCCCAAGGGUCUUGAGUUCUUGCAUUGACACUUGACCCUAUUGUUCUCCCUGUCUAUCUUCUCCUUCGAUCUUCAUUCUUCUACAUUCUCAUCCCUCCUUCGUGUGGAGCUUUGAUUUUCAGAUUAUUACUUUUUCGCAAUCUACUGCGGCCUUUCUUUGCUUGGACCGGACGCCGGCAAAGCCAGGACAGGACCGGCUGGAGAGCGUGAAUGACACCUCCGCCGGGGACGCUUCGUUGUAUCCUACCUACUAUGGUGAUGUAAAUUUGACCUGCAGGUCUUUCUUUCGCCGGCUUUACAGCAGGUAUUUAGCAAUACAUGAAUUCAUUCAGUGCAUCAGAGAAAUAAUGCGAGUAGAUAGGAGUUCAUGGUCUGCCGAGUGCCGU